CUUCGUCUGCUAGACUAUACUGAAGGGUAGAAUGUAAUCAAAAGUAAAGGCUUAAAAAUUUGAUGUGACUAAAUUUUACUUACAGAUAAACUUUGAAUGAUUUAGGUGUAUUACAAUUAAAACGUUUUUCUCAUUCUGAAUAUAGCUUGUAUACCUGAACAGGAUCUUUUACUUUACAUAUUUAAACAUGGCGCUAUAAGUCGUGCGCAUGCGUAUAGAUUCAUAACACUGUUGCCGCUUAAAUUUUUAGAAAAAUAUCUCAGUUUUUUAUGCAUUUUAUGAAUAUAAAAAAAAAUUGGAUGAUUGAUUUUAUAGUUUUAAAAUCGAUUAACAGAAAUCAAUCCGAACAUUUGCAACAGACCUUGAAUUUAUUUAAAAUUUGAAAUAGGUUAUGUUUUUCAAUUUGACAACAGUGGACGUUGAAAAUCCACGUGUGUCAACUGCAGUGUGCGGUGUGCGGCAUGCGACUCCUAUUUUGCAUUCGGAGCACCAAUUUGUUCACUAUUUUUCAAUUAGUUUUUUAUUUGUAAAUAUUUGACAAACGCAUAUGUGUAAACAUGAGUUUCAAAAGUAACAAAGAAUUCAUCGAGAAAGGAGAUGUCGUGACACUGUAUAUAAAUCCAAAUAACAUGCACCAAAUAGAAGUGAAAGAAAAAAUUAAAAACAAAAAGGGCGAACUCGUCGAUAACGUCUUCCAAACAACUUACGGAGCUUUAAAAGUGAUAAGCCUCGUAGGAACAAAAUAUGGCUCCAAAGUUAAUCUUUCGAAAGGAUGGGCUUAUGUUUUGCAACCAACUCCAGAAUUGUGGACACUGACUCUUCCUCACCGUACUCAAAUAAUCUAUACACCUGACAUCAGUCUCAUUAUAUAUUUAUUAGAUUUAGCUCCUGGAAGUAUUGUUAUUGAAACAGGAACUGGAAGUGGAUCAUUGUCACACUCGCUAAUAAGGACUAUCAGGCCAAAUGGUCACUUGCACACGUUUGACUUUCAUGAGCAGCGGGUUUUAUUGGCUCAAGAAGAAUUCAAGAGUCAUGGUAUAGAUGAAUUUGUUACUGUUAGGCAUAGGGAUGUUUGCACAGAAGGAUUUGGAGAUGAACUUGAGCACAAGGCUGAUGCUGUUUUCUUGGAUUUGCCACAUCCAUGGUUGACAAUAGAUUUUGCUGUUAAAUCAUUGAAAAAGAAAGGUGGAAGACUGUGUUCUUUUUCUCCAUGUAUUGAACAAGUUCAACGAACGUGCACAAAAUUGUCAUCAGCAGGAUUCAUAGGAAUAGAAACUUUCGAAUGUUUACAAAGGGAGUUGACUGUUCAACAAAAGAAUUUAAACAUUUUAGAUUUAGCAAGUUUUAAAACUAAGACUGAUGAACCUGUAAAGAAAUUUGAGGACCCUCCUGCUAAAUUGAUGACAGUGGCUCAUCCAUCAUCUACUCCAGGUCAUACUGGAUUCAUAACAAUUGCCACUUUACCACCAGAAUUUGUCAGAAUUGUUGAUGAAAGAUAAUCUUACACUUUUUAUAUUUUAUAAAAAUCAUAGUAAAAAUUAAUGAAGCUUUUAUUUUUUUAAACGUGAUGAAGAAUUUAAGUUAUCUACAGACUAUUAGAAAAAAGUUAAACUACUUUGUUAAUUGCAAUUUUACCUUUUUAUACAAAAGACGAUUAAGCGAAUUUUUUUUUUGUUAUAAUAUAACAAAUGGAGUGUCAUGGACCAAAUUGAAAAAUAUGAGAACUAUAAAGAUUUAAAGUAAUUAACUGCUUUUGCAGCAUUUCAAUACAAAUUUUUAGUCCGUUUUGUUUGGACUCCAUGUUAAAUAAUCUGAUCUUGUGGCAGCUUGAUAUUCUUUUACUAAGUAAUCCACGACUUCUCGCGAGUUGUCCAGUUCAUCUAGAUUGUCUUCAAACAUUUUCUCUUUUCUGAAUUGCUCCAAGAAAGCUUCUCUUUUUCGAAGUUUGUCGUACUGUUGUAAAGCGCGAUCAAACAGCUGAAAAAUAAAAUUAUUUCAAAUUUUAAUAUGGUUCAGAACCAUUCUACCGAAAAUAAAGUUGUUUUUAAAGAUUAC